AGAUAUAUUUUUUUAUUUUUUCAGGGUUAAUUACCAACGUGAUUCUCAUCGGUAACUAGGAAUACAAAAAUCAAAAAUGGCGCCUGAAAAAAUUGGCACCUAAAAUUUUGGAGAUGAUAUUACGAAUUACUUAAUGUUUAAUUCGAAGAUAUUUGUGUAGUUCAGACGUCGUUUUUGUCGGUGAUUUACUAAUAUGGCCCAAAUUGCGAAGCAUUUUUCUUACAUUGUCAGACGUGAUGUUCGUCGGUGAUUAGCAUAGGGCUCGAGGCUCCUCUAUAUGUGUAGACGUUGUGCUUGUUGGUAAUUUACCGACGUGGGAACUAGAGAUGUUUUCCGGUGGACUGUUCCGGCUCCCUAUUUGCAAGAUGUUCUUUGUCGGUAAUUAUGAGUGCGUUUACCGAUGUGAUUUUCAUCUACGUCGGUGAUUGAAUUGCUGAGCCCGGCUUCACCGAGAAACCCAUUACCGACGUGAUUCAAGUGGGCAUUUUCUUUCACCGACCAGAUUCCCUCUUUUUCCAACAUGGUUUCUCGUCGGUGAUACAGUGAAUUCUUGUAGUGAUGUCUUGUCUAAAUACGUGGUUGAAAGGGGCAGCUACAGCCUUUAGUUGUGGAGUGGGGGAAUUCCCGGUUAUCUAUUUGGCGUUGCCUGUCGGUGGGAACCCAAGAAAUAAAAAGUUGUGGAGCUCGGUUGUGAAAAAGUUUCGUGCCAAACUUGCCAUCUGGAAGUUUGCUAUCCUUUCCUUUGGGGGCCGCCUCACUCUGCUCAAUUCGGUACUUUCUACUUUACCUACUUUUUAUAUGUCUUUACUUUUAAUGCCAAAAGCAGUGAUUUCUAAGUUGAUUUCUAUUCAAAGGAAUUUUUUAUGGGGUGGGCCUGAGUUAAAAAGGAAGAUUGAUUGGGUCAAGUGGGAUCUUAUUUGUUGUAGUAAGGAGAAAGGAGGUUUAGGGGUGCAGGAUUUACGUAGGAGAAAUUGGGCGUUAUUAGGAAAGUGGUGGUUUCACUUUGGUGAUGGUGCGGCGAAUUUAUGGAAACAGGUGUUGAGGGAUAAAUACUAUGGGGGUAAGGAGGUGGUAGAUAUCACUGCAGUGGACACUUGGCAGCUGUCCAAGAUUUGGGGUGACAUUAUUCAUAUAGGAGGGAUUUCUGAGAGGCUACGAAAUAUGCUAGUGAGAGGGUUCAAGUGGGAGGUGAGUGAUGGUCGAAGGGUGGACUUCUGGAGGGAUAGUUGGGUGGGAGAUAAACCUUUACGAGACUUAUGUCCUAGAUUAUAUGCAUUGAGUAUGAACCGAGAGGGUAUGAUUAGUGAGAUGGGGGAUUGGGAAAGGGAUAGACUUAUGUCCUAGAUUACGAGUGACCCAGUUGCUUGUGCAUUGGAGGUGAGGAGGCAUAAAAAGGAACUAAAGAAGUAUUUGAAGCUGAAACAGGGGCAUAUAUGAUCGGCAGUGGGGGCUUGAUUGCUUUUGGCUGAUGUGUUUUUAUCAUAAAUGAUGUCAGUUUUGCUAGGUCUUUAUUAUGAUGGUUUAGUCUUUUAUUUUGUAAAUGGGUUGGAGUACUCCUUGUACUCCUAUUAAUAAAUUAUCUUAUUUUGC